GCGCCGGCUGGCGAAAUUCAGCCGAGUACCGACAUCGACUUGUUCAUAUCAACAGAAAAAAUCAUGGUUCUGAAUACUGAUCUCCAGAGGAUAUCUGAUACUGACGUCCGACAGAGGAUAUCUGAUACUGACGUCCGACAGGAUAUACUGAUGGAUCAUGCGUUGAGGACGAUAUCCUAUAUCGCAGACAUUGGCGAUCUGGUGGUUUUGAUGGCUCGCCGCAUGUCGCAAUCCACAAACGACGAUGAAACCAUUGCUGAGAGGACGCCUCGUGUGAUAUGUCAUGUUUUUGAAUCCGAUGAAGCGUCUUUCAUUGCUCAGUCGAUUGGUCAAGCAUUCCAAGUUGCAUAUGUCGAAUUCCUCCGUGCUAAUGGCAUCGACGACCCAUCAUAUUUGCGCGAAAUUGAUUAUCAGGAUAUACUGAUGGAUCAUGCGUUGAGGACGAUAUCCUAUAUCGCAGACAUUGGCGAUCUGGUGGUUUUGAUGGCUCGCCGCAUGUCGCAAUCCACGAACGACGAUGAAACCAUUGCUGAGAGGACACCUCGUGUGAUAUGUCAUGUUUUUGAAUCCGAUGAAGCGUCUUUCAUUGCUCAGUCGAUUGGUCAAGCAUUCCAAGUUGCAUAUGUCGAAUUCCUCCGUGCUAAUGGCAUCGACGACCCAUCAUAUUUGCGCGAAAUUGAUUAUCAGAUAAUUGCGAUUAAUGGUAUAUCGUUAGUAGGCCUUCCUCUUGCUUCUGCGCAGCAAAAUAUCAAGGCGGCAAAAACUUCUACUGCCGUCAGGUUAACGGUCGUGUCAACGCCACCGGUGGUUGAAGUGAGGAUCAAACGGCCGGACACGAAGUAUCAGCUCGGUUUUAGUGUGCAGAAUGGAGUUAAUAUGUGGAAUGGUACUUUGAACUAUGGUGAUGUAGCACUUACACUGAUAUUAACUUCUGUCCGUUUGGUUUAUGCAGUUUUAGCACUAGCAGCAGUAGUAAAACUAAAGAAAGAAGAAGAUUCAGAUAAGUAG